AUGGCGGAGUAUUUGAGCCCCACGAUUGCGUGGGCACAGCGCGAUAAAGUGCUGUAUUUGACGGUGAAACUGGAGGAUAUGAAUGUGGAGGAGCUGAAGGUGGAUGGAAAUCAGUUUUUGAUACGGUAAGGGUACUGUAGAAGAGUUGGAAGUACCCUGGAUUCAUGCAGUAUGAUAUCAGCUAUCUUUUAAAUCCAUUUAUGAUACCGUUUUCUCGAUUAUAAGUCGCUUAAAAGCCAAAUAUUAUUCAUGACCAUCAAUCUUGACAGUUUGUAAAAAAUGUGUCAUAACUACCGUAAUCUUCUUGCUAUACACUUGAAAUUCACACCAAUAAGACCUCAUAUAUUCUCUUAUAUAGUGGUAUAUUUUCAUACCUCACACUCAAAGACUAUCUGAGUAAUCGCUAUAUUAUCCAUGACAUCAGAUGCCCUCAAAAUUUCAUUGCUUACUCGCUUCAAAAGGUCUUUGAAAGCACUAUCUUUCUUACAAAUAACCUCCAAAUUUUCCAGCGGAACUAGUGCUGGCAAGAAAUACCAAGCCGAGCUGGAAUUUCACGGAGAAAUUGACAAAAAUCAGGUCCGGCAGGUUGGAACGAAACGUCAUAUCGAGUUGAUUCUGGGCAAGAAGGAAAACAAAUGGUGGCCGAGACUGACCAGCAAGCCUGUUAAAGUAUGUUAUUCACAAUUCUAGCUUUUAAAACGUGAGAUUUUUAAUCGAAAAUCGUAAAAAUAUGAAAUUUUUUGCGAUUUUUUGAGUUUUUCUUGAAAAAUUUUGUAAAUUUGAACCCAAUAUUCGAUACUAGUUUUCGUAUUUUAGCUUCCAUGGCUCAAAGUCGACUUUGACAAGUGGGUUGACGAGGAUGAACAGGGAGAAGAAGAGGAUCCUUUCGAUUUUUCCGACCUCAAGGAGAACAUCAUGGCGGAAGAGCUGGCAAUCGACGAAUUAGAGGACUACGAUUCGGAUGAAAGCAAUUACGACGAUAUGCCACCUCUACAACUCAUUGAAAACAGUGAAAAUACGGAGAAAAAGUCGGAUUCUUAA